AUGGACGAGGGCUUGGGAGCUGCUGGGCUCCGACUGGAGGUGCUUGAGGGUUCCUUGGCUUGUGACGAUGUCUUGGAGGCCGUGGCACUGCUGUUGAAUAGCUUCUGGAGGCGGUCGCUGACGGCGAGGCUCGCAUCGCUGCGCAAGUCGGGCAGGGACCUGGCGCCGACCUCGUUUGUACUUGUUGAUGACAGGAGUGAGAUGAUCGUUGGCCAUGCUCGGGUCUGGUGGGCUGCGCGCAAGCCAGCGGGUGCAUCGGGACUUGCCGGGCUGGCGUCGUUGGUUGCGGACGGCAGCGAAGUGUACGUAGAGUCGGUCAUCAUUGCGCCAUCGCUGCGUGGGCUCGGAGUCGGCAAGGCGCUGAUGGCCGGCGUGGAGCAGGCUGUGGCGGAGAUGUUUCCGUCAGUGACGACUUGGUGGCUCAACACCAAGGACCAGGCGUUGUUCUACGCCUCGAUUGGGUUCGUGGAGACCUUUGAUUCUGUCGAGCACGGAUCGAGUGUGGUUGUUGCCGCUGAUGGUGAGACUGCUGCCAUCCACGAGGCCGAGGCCGAGGCCGAGCACGAGCCAAGUCGGUCGUCUGGGAAGAAGAACUGGCGGCAGAAGGCAGCCGAGCUGUGUGGCGAUGACGACGCGCCGGUGUUUGCGGCGACAGAGCCUGGACGUGGCCGCAAGGGCAAGGGCAAGGGCAAUGGCAAGGGUGACGCGAGCUUGGGCAAGUCCAAGGGCGAGGGAUCGGCAGUGGCCGAGAGUGUCCAGGCCAAGGCUAGGGCCGAGGCUGAGCGGAACAAGGGCCGCCGGGCAAACAACAACGGCUCUGGGCGCAAGCGGAGGAAGAAGGUGUACAAGACACAUCUGUCGCCGGCCGAGGUCGAUGCUGGCCUCGCCGACGGCUCGCUGACCAUCGGAGAGUUUCGCGUCAAUGCGCAUAACCCGACCGAGGGCUACGCCACGUCCAAGGACUACGAUCAGGACGUGUUUGUCGACGGGAUGACGCCCCGGAACCGGGCGUUCCACGGCGACACGGUGGCGCUGCGUGUCAAGCCCGAGUCGCAGUGGAAGAGCUUUGCCGCCGCUGAGCCGGGCUCGCGUAACGACGGGCGUGAGCCGCAACCAACCGGCUCGGUGGUGGCGAUCCUGGAUGACUCCCGGCGGCCAGCGACGCUGAUCGGGAUGUUCAAGCCGUCGCGGCGCGAUGGUCGCGUCACACCUGACGAUCGUGCGGUCCUCUUCCAGCCGCUCGACAAGAAGCAGCCGCGGCUGCUGGUUCCCAUCGCGUCCAAGCAGGCGCGCAAGGUGCUUCCUAACGACUUUCUGGAGAACUUUGACGAGUACACCGGGACCAUGUUCCAGGUCAACUUUGACUCGUGGUCCGAAGACUCGCGCUACGGCUAUGGGCGAGUGGUGGCCAAGCUCGGCAAGCUCGGCUCGGUCGCCAACGAGGAGCGGGCCAUCCUUCUCGCCAACUCGGUCAAGGACGAGCCGUUUACCGGCCGGGUCCUCCGCGAGCUCGACGCAUUUGCCGCCGAGGUCGAGGCUGCGGCGGCGUCGGACGCGCCCGACGGCUCCAGCGCGUCGUCACCGGCUGCCGGCCUCGGCGCAGGCUCGACUCGCUGGCCAAUCCCAGCGGAGGAGCUGGCGAAGCGACGCGACUUUCGCGGGCAUCGGGUGGUCUCGAUUGAUCCGCUCACUGCGCGCGAUCUCGACGACGCGCUCUCGGUUGAGGUCAUCGACGACGAGCACGUCGAGAUCGGUGUGCACAUUGCGGACGUGACGUACUUUGUGCGCGAGGGCACGCCGCUCGAUGACGAGGCUGCGGAGCGGUCGACCUCGGUCUACCUCGUCUCGCGGGUCAUUCCUAUGCUCCCGCGGAUGCUGUGCGAGCAGCUGUGCUCGCUGCAGCCGGGCGUUGAGCGGCUCACCUUUUCCGCGGUUUUCAAGAUGAACCUCAAGACCGGCGCGGUUGUCGACCGUUGGUUCGGCCGCUCGGUCAUCAAGUCGUGCGCGCAGAUGGCGUACGAGCACGCACAAAUGCUGAUCGACGGCGACGAGCUGCCUGUGCCCGAGGACGGCGGCCCGGUGCUGUUCAACGGUGUCUCCGCCGCCGACGUCGCCGCCGACGUCCUCGUCCUCCGCGACCUCUCGCGGAAGCUCCGCGCCCGCCGGUUUGCCUCGGGCGCGCUCUCGCUCCACAACCCGAAGCUGGCGUUCAAGCUCAACGAGGACAUGACCGAGCCCAUCGGAUGGCACAUCUACGAGAUCCGGGAGUCAAACAAGCUCAUCGAGGAGUUUAUGCUCCUUGCCAACCGCGAGGUCGCCAAGUUCAUCCACAGCGCCUUUCCCGAGACUGCGCUGCUCAGGCUGCACCCGCCGCCGCAGGAGCGCAAGAUGACCGAGGUCAUCGACACGCUUGCGGCCGCCGGCUACACCAUCGACGCGUCGUCGUCGGGCUCGCUCCAUGCCUCGCUGCAGCGGAUUGGCGAGGGGACGACCCAGCGCGACCGUGACGUGUACGCGGUGGUCAUGGACCUGCUCGCCUCGCCCAUGCAGUCGGCGCAGUACUUUUGCACUGCCGACCACGACGAGAACGAGUUCCGUCACUACGCGCUCGCCUUUGAUCACUACACCCACUUUACCUCGCCCAUCCGCCGGUACCCGGACUGCGUGGUGCACCGGCUGCUUGCGGCGGCUCUGGGCGAGAACCAGCCGGGCCUCGCGCCCGCCCGCGACGCCAAGGCCGUGACGGCCAUCGCCGACCACGCCAACGAGAAAAAGUACAACGCCAAGCAGGCGUCGACAGCAUCGGGCCUCUCGUACCUCUGCGUCUUUCUCGCCAACCAGCCCAUCCGCAACAUGCGGACGCUGGUCUCAGGCGUCGGCUCGUCGUCGUUCACCCUCCUCGCGCCGGGCCUCUCGCACGACGACCGGGUCUACAUCGCUGACCUCGCCAUCCACCCCGAUGCCACCACCUACGACGAGGACGAGAAGGUGCUCACGCUUCACUGGCGCGACGGCGGCGUCUCGCGCAUCGCCAUGUUUGAGCCAGUCAUGGUCGACGUCGUUGUCAACACUCGCCGCAUGCCUCACGUCCCCGCUUUGUCCCGCGCUCGCCGCUCGACUCUGGCGCCGUUGCCGCCUCGCUCUCUGCCACCGAGCUUGACGAUCUCGACGCCGCCGUCGCGGACGACGACACUGCCACCGCCGACGCCAGCACUGACGCGCCUCUAG